AACUUGAAUCGGUUAACCCUAAAUUGCAAUGACAAUUCAGUUUUGGUGUGAUUAUUUGGUAAAUCUUUGAACAUUUUAAAUUAAUUGUUCAGCCAGGUAUUUUCAUAUAAAUAUCAAAAAUGGCCACGACACUUGAAGACAAAUCAAUAUGGGAGGACGGAGAGGAGGCCCUAAGUGAGGAAGUUCUCCGUAUGCCCACAGACGAGAUCAUAAGUCGGACUAGGCUACUGGACAAUGAAAUAAAGAUUAUGAAAAGUGAAGUGAUGAGAAUCACCCACGAGCUACAAGCACAGAACGACAAGAUCAAAGAAAACACCGAGAAAAUCAAAGUUAAUAAGACCCUUCCGUAUUUAGUCUCAAAUGUCAUCGAGUUACUUGAUGUCGAUCCUCAGGAAGAAGAAGAAGAUGGGGCGGUUGUAGACUUAGAUUCUCAGAGAAAAGGUAAAUGCGCUGUCAUUAAAACUUCCACGCGCCAAACCUAUUUUUUACCAGUCAUUGGCUUGGUUGAUGCGGAAAAGUUGAAGCCAGGUGACUUGGUUGGGGUGAAUAAGGAUUCAUACUUGAUUCUGGAGACUUUGCCCGCUGAAUAUGAUGCGAGGGUUAAGGCUAUGGAGGUUGAUGAGAGGCCUACUGAGCAGUACUCUGAUAUUGGUGGGCUGGAUAAACAAAUACAGGAACUGAUAGAAGCAGUCGUCCUCCCUAUGACACACAAGGAAAAGUUUGUGAACCUUGGCAUCCACCCACCCAAGGGGGUGUUACUGUAUGGGCCACCUGGUACAGGCAAGACUCUACUGGCAAGAGCAUGUGCUGCUCAGACCAAGUCUACUUUCCUGAAGCUGGCUGGACCACAAUUGGUGCAGAUGUUUAUUGGUGAUGGUGCAAAACUUGUCAGAGAUGCAUUUGCCUUAGCCAAAGAGAAGGCACCAGCUAUAAUAUUCAUUGAUGAGCUAGAUGCCAUUGGCACGAAGCGGUUUGACUCGGAGAAGGCUGGUGACCGUGAGGUGCAGCGUACCAUGUUGGAGUUGCUCAACCAACUUGAUGGCUUCAGCUCCACUGCAGAUAUUAAGGUAAUAGCAGCCACCAACAGAGUUGAUAUCUUGGACCCUGCCUUACUAAGAUCUGGUCGUCUGGACAGGAAGAUUGAGUUCCCGCACCCCAAUGAAGAAGCCAGAGCUAGGAUUAUGCAGAUUCAUUCUAGAAAAAUGAACGUCUCUCCUGACGUGAACUUUGAGGAGCUGUCUCGUUCCACGGACGACUUCAACGGCGCGCAAUGUAAAGCCGUCUGCGUUGAGGCCGGCAUGAUCGCCCUACGUCGCUCCGCUACGGCAGUCACUCAUGAGGACUUUAUGGACGCGAUCCUGGAAGUCCAGGCCAAGAAGAAGGCCAACCUCAGCUAUUAUGCUUAAAUUAAGCUUUUAUUGUCUAAGUUCGUAUGUAACAAUAAAUAAUAUUUGUAAUUAA